UGGAGCGGCGUCACGCGCGGCCAUGUCCCGGUGGGGCUGCGGUCAGGAGCCCGAGUGGGGUCCCGAGCCCCUCCAGCCCCUCCAGCCCCCCCAGCACCACGGACCCGACGGGGAGAAAGCGUCGGCCGUGCCCGAGAUCACGCUAUGGACCGUGGUGGCGGCCGUGCAGGCGGCGGAGAGGAAAGUGGAGUCCCAGGCCCUGCGGCUGCUGAGCCUGGAAGGGAGGACGGAGACGGCGGAGAAGAAAGUGUCCGGGCUGGAGAAAGCCGUGCUGGACUUCGGGAGCCGGCUGGAACGCAAGUGGGCUGCCCUGGCUGCUCUGCUGCAGGAGAACACCCGGAGGCUGGAGCACGUCGAGAGGCAGCUCCAGCAACACAGCUGCUGGGCACCCAGACCUGGGACCGGCACGGCUGGGGAUGAGCCCAAGGUGCCUGCGUGUGAGGAUGAGGGGUGCAGCCUGGCAGAGCAGGAGUGGGGCAGCAUGCAGAGCCAGCAGAAGGAGCUCUACAGGAUGGCCAUGAAGGGGAGUUCCGAGGCCGUGGCUGCUCUGGGCCCCGGGGAUGUCAGUUCCAAACCUGCUCUGCUGCCACCAGCACAGGAUGGGGAGGAUUCGAGGACCCAGGGGCUGCUGGAGAAGGAAGAGGUCUCAGGGCACCUUGGUGAUGGUGAGAAGAUUGUCAUCAAGACAGAGGAGCAGCAGCCCCAGGAGGAAGGAGCUGAGAUCCUGGCCCUGCCCCAGGCCCCCUCGGGGAGGCUGCAGGAGGAGGAGGAGGUUCCCCUGAGCCAGCAGCACCCACUGGUGCCCUGGGAGGAGCAGAAAUCAGGAGGGGAGAGCUUGGGGGAGUUGUGCAGAGACAGCACCGAGUUCAAACCCGUGGUGGUGCCGGUGGAAGCUCAGCCUGUGCCAGGCCUGCCCUUCCCAACCGAGCAGGUCCUUGGCGUGGGGCUGGACCAGCCCUUCACCCUGCCCCAAGCUGUGCCACCAGGAGAAGUCCCCACGGCAGAGGUGACCUUGGAGGAGGAGGAGGAGGAUCCUCACAACCUCCCUCUGGGCUGGAAGAGCGCCCGGCUGACCCGGAACCUGGCCCGGCAGCAGCAGAGGCAGAGGAGGAGUGGUGGAGGUGCUGGUGGAGGUGCUGGUGGAGGUGCUGGCAGUGGUGCUGGUGCUGGCAGUGGUGCUGGUGGGUCCUUCAUCUGCACGACGUGUGGGAAGAGCCUGGCUCACCACGCGGCGCUGCUGCGGCACCAGCGGCUGCACACGGGGGAGAGGCCCUACCAGUGCCCCACCUGCGGGAAGACCUUCAACGAGAAGUCCAACCUCAACAAACACAUCCGGAUCCACACGGGGGAGCGGCCCUUCCGCUGCCCCUCCUGCGGCAAGGGCUUCACCCAGAAGCACCACAUGCAGAAGCACCAGCACAUCCACACCGGGCAGCGCCGCGGGACGGCCUGGCCCCCGCGCCCCGGCUGGCCCGAGGUGCGGCUGUACCGCUGCAUCGAGUGUGCCGAGAUCUUCCCCCAGAAAUCCUCCCUGGAGGAGCACCAGCGCCGGCACACCCAGCAGAGACCCUUCCAGUGCUGGGGCUGCAGCAAGAGCUUCCGGCACCGCCAGUCCCUCAACCACCACCAGAAGAUCCACGGCCCCCAGGCUCCCGGCGUCACCGGUGUCACCGGCAGGCCCAAGCUCUGACCCGGGACGGCCCCCGGGCACGGAGAAGGGAAGGGGCCACAUGGCCCCCCGCCUGCUCUGCCAUGAGGGGACACGCCAUGGGCUGGUGGCACCACCACGGGGCUGCUGGCACCGACACUGAGCUCACCGCAAGGCUCUGCGGAGAGUGGCACCAGUGUGGGGUGCUCCAUGAUGCUGUGGGGCUGGUGGCACCAGUGUGGGACUUGUGUCACCAGUGUGGGGCUGCUGGCACCACUGUGGGGCUGGUGGCUCCACUGUGGGACUUGUGACACCACUGAGGGGCUCUCCACAGCACAGGGGGUCUUGUGGUACCACCGUGGGGCUGGUUGCACCAGCAUAGGGCUCUCCACAAUGUUGUGGGGUUGGUGAUACCACCACGAGGUUCUCCACAAUGCCACGGGGCGGGUGACAUCACCAUAGGGCUGGUGGCACCAACACAGGGCUCUCCACAAUGCUCUGGGGCUUUUGGCACCAAAGUAGGGUUCACCACAGUGCCAUGGGGCUGGUGGCACCACCGUGGGUAUUGUGGUACCACUGCAGGGCUCAACAAGGCCAUGGGGCUGGUGGUUCCAGUGUGGGGCUGGUGACACCAUGGUGCUGGUGGCUCCAGUGUGAGCCUCUCCACCAUGCCAUGGAGCUUCUGGCAGCCCCGUGGGGCCGUUGUCCCCAGCAGGAGCAGCAGUGUGGGUGUCACUCAGGACUCUGUCACCAGGGUGUGGAGGGGGCAGGGGGUGUCCCGGGGGCUGUGCUCUGGGCAGCAGCUGGGCUCAGACUCUGGAUAAAAACCUGGGCU